UCGAAUUCCCAAACGGAGGGUGGAGCUAGCAAACGAAAAUACGCUCUUUUCGCUGCUUCUCUUUCUCUGCCACCUGAGCGCCAGCACUGUAACUCGGGGAACGGUCGGCGUUUGUUUCAGUCCCAGAGGCCAGAACCACCGCCCGUUGGCUCGACUCCCACUUCCUUCCCUCCUGCCUCUCCAUUUUAUCUCCUAGACUCUGUCUCUGUCGGUGAACGGAGACGGCAAUGAGAUUGCUCUUGGCUCCGGCUCUCCUCUGUUCUCUUCUUCUCUGCUUUCCUGCCACUGAAUCAGCCAAUGGGGAGUCCAACUCCACGGUGGAGGUAAAUGCAACCAUGGAUUCCAACUCUACGCGACUCAGAUCCAGGGAGGACACCUUCGCCUUCAUGAUCGAUCGCGCGCUGGAGAAGGAGUUCAAUGAGACGGACCAGAGUGAAGCCACUGAUCCCGGCAGCUUCAAUAACAGUGUUGCUGGACAGCAGGCAGUUUUGGAGACUGUUGCCAGGGUCACAACCAAGAAGAAUGAAUCCAAGGAGGAGAAGUCUUUUCAGUUUCAUGAUGUUUUCCAUUUUGACAAUGAUAACCGGGGGGAAGAUGCUCCAAGAUUGAUUGAUCGAAAGGACAAUGUCUUUAUUAUAUCAAAUCGAAAGUCCAAAUAUCCCGUGCUACAACUAGACUUAACUUUGAUAUCAGAUCUAGUGGUUGUCAUUGUAUCUGCUGCUUGUGGCGGAAUAGCAUUUGCUUGUGCUGGACAACCGGUAUUUACUGGAUACCUGCUAGCAGGAUCUGUAAUUGGGCCAGGGGGCUUCAGCUUUGUCAGUGAAAUGGUACAGGUGGAGACAGUGGCACAAUUUGGUGUUAUUUUCCUCCUGUUUGCAUUGGGCCUGGAGUUCUCCAUUGCAAAGCUCCGCGUUGUCCGAGCAGUUGCUGUUGUUGGAGGUCUUCUCCAGAUUUCGCUCUUUAUGUGCCUUUGUGGAUUGAUAGCCUCGUUAUGUGGAGGUAAGCCUUCAGAAGGAGUAUUUGUUGGUGCAUUUCUCUCAAUGUCUUCAACUGCAGUGGUUCUGAAAUUUCUGAUGGAAAGAAAUAGCAUAAAUACCCUGUAUGGUCAGGUCACUGUCGGUAUCCUCAUUCUGCAGGAUUGUGCUGUUGGUCUUCUGUUUGCUUUACUUCCUGUCCUUGGUGGUACAUCUGGUGUUCUUCAGGGAGUGAUAUCCAUGACUAAAUUGUUAGUGCUGCUACUUGCAUUUUUGGCUGCUUUAACGAUUCUAUCUCGUACCUGUGUGCCAUGGUUCUUAAAGCUUAUGAUCAGCUUAUCAUCGCAGACUAAUGAACUCUAUCAGUUGGCAUCAGUGGCUUUCUGCCUGCUUGUCGCCUGGUGUAGUGACAAGUUGGGUCUGAGCCUUGAACUGGGAUCCUUUGCUGCUGGUGUGAUGAUAUCCACAACUGAUCUUGCUCAACAUACACUCGAGCAAGUGGAACCAAUUCGCAACUUAUUUGCAGCUCUCUUUUUGGCAAGCAUUGGGAUGUUAAUCCAUGUUCAAUUCUUGUGGAAUCACGUCGAUAUAUUACUUGCUUCGGUACUGUUAGUCAUUGUUGUGAAAACUAUCAUUACUGCAUCUGUAGUCAAAGGAUUCAGAUACAACAACAAAACAGCACUCCUUGUUGGGAUGUCCCUCGCACAAAUUGGGGAAUUUUCCUUUGUUCUUCUAAGUCGUGCUUCUAAUCUCCAUCUGAUUGAGGGUAAAUUGUAUCUACUGCUUCUUGGAACGACAGCCCUCAGUCUGGUGACAACGCCAUUUCUUUUCAAGCUAAUUCCAGCAGUGGUACAUCUAGGGGUGCUGUUGCGGUGGUUCCUACCAGAUAGCUCUCACGAGAUUGGGUAUAAAGGAGAUAGCUUUCUGGCAGACAGUGCUAAGCGCAUAACUUUGAUGGUCCACGGCAAUCACCAUUCAUGAUUGAUGAUUGACGAUGAUGAUGUUAUAAUUAAGAUUGCGCAUUUGCUAGCAAAGCCAAAAAUUUACCUACCUGAUGGGCUUGUUAUACUCUCUGGGGGGCAGGUGCUUAAAGAAGGCAAAGGAGGUUGAGUUUCACUAAGGCCAACUGCUCUAUUAUGCCCCCCAAACUGCAAUUGUAUAAAGAAAAGUGCUCCCUUCCCCCUUCUUGUCGAUGUAGCUUGCACAAUCAAUCCCCCUUACCAGCAGCAGAAUGUUGGUUGGAGCCGACGAAAUCGACCGGGUUGCGAUGUAUGUGGCUUAUGGACCAACGAGACUACACUCCCACGCCUCUCACCCUUACUUUGUAACAUAUGAGCUGUAGAGUGAUGAUAAUCUUUGAUUCUUUUUGGAUCUGUGUUUUCUUUUCCUCCCCACCACCCUAUUGUCAUCUUUCCUUUUGGUCCAUUUUUUGUUCAUCUCAAGUUUUAGGGUUUAGGAACAAAUCCACUUUUUUUUGAAAUCCAGGUCUGGAAGUUGUAUUGUUCACCAAGGAAUUACAAAUUAGGGAAUCAUUUUCUAGUUUGGAAUUAUGAUUUGUCUUGUGUGUAUCUUAAAACUGAAAUGGAACUACAGUUAACUCUGACCACCUUGUGGUCAUCCAAGUUGAGACCUCCAGCUGACUAUUGGUGUCUUUG